AUACUUUAAUUUCUUAUAAAGAAUAUAUUUUAGAAAAGACAGAUACUGUAAAUGUAGAACCCCUUAUAUAUGAUCAAGAACAGCAAUUUAUAGUCUUACUAAAAAAAUUUGCUGACUUAUUUGCUAAAGAUAUUACUGAAUAUA